CAGGACUUUUAUUUUGGUGUGGUGGCAUGAUGUCAUAAGUCUGCGCCGUGCUCCUGCAUCUGAUUCUGCUGAAGAAAGAUAAACUCCUGCUGAAGCGACUGAGAGACACACUAUUGUAAAGAUGGAGGUUAUUAAAGAGGAGAGUGAAGACAUGAAGAUUGAAGAAGCUUUCAGAGUCAAACAUGAAGAUACUGAGGAACAAACAGACCUGAUGCCACUGAAAGAGGAGAGUCAAGAACUGAAUGAAAUGGAAGAGAAAGAUCAAGAUUUCAUGACUGGGGAAAAAUCUUUCAGUUACUUGCAGGCUCAUGAAACCGAAACUAGGAACCUUAAAGUCCCGCUGAGUGUUCACACUGGAGAGAGUCCUUUCACCUGUCAACACUGUGGAAAAAGAUUCACUCGAAAAGACAGCCUUAAAGUCCACUUGAGAAUCCAUGCUGGAGAGAAGCCGUUCACUUGCCCUCAGUGUGGAAAGAGUUUUACACAGAAAAAAAACCUUAAUGCCCACUUGAAACUCCACACCGGAGAGAAGCCUCACACCUGCAAACUGUGUGGAAAGAGCUUCUCAAUUAAAGGAAGUCUUAAAAUUCACACGAGAAUUCACACUGGAGAGAAGCCGUUCGUCUGCUCUCAGUGUGGGAAGAGUUUUAAACAGAAAAAAGAACUUGAUGCCCACAUGAGAAAUCACGCUGGAGAUAAGCCUUAUGAAUGCAAACUGUGUGGGAAGAGCUUCACACGAAAAGCAAGUUUUAAGUCUCACAUGACAAUUCACAAGGGAGAGAAGCCUUUUGUUUGUGAUCAGUGUGGAAAGAGUUACAGAUAUAAAGUAGGCUUUAAACAUCACAUGAGGAUUCACUCCGGAGAGAACUGUUUUAGAUGUCGUAAGUGCCCAAUGAGUUUCUCAGACAGGAAUCACCUUAAGAAUCAUGUAAAAAUUCACAUCCUAGAGAAGACUUACAUGUGCAAUCAGUGUGGAAAGAGUUUUACAAAAAGAGCCAAUCUUGAGAAUCACAUAAGAGUUCACACUGGAGAGAAGCCGUUCACCUGCCCUCGGUGUGGAAGGAGUUUCACACUUAAAGGAAACUUUAAGAUUCACAUGAGAGUUCACACUGGAGAGCAGCCUUACAAGUGUCUUCAGUGUGAGAAGAGUUUCACAUAUCACACAGAACUGAAACGGCAUAUGCAAAGAAAAUGCUGUUUUCCACAGUGUGACAAGUCAUUUAGAAAAAGCAAUUUCAUUCUAAAGAAAGACAUUUCAGUGUAAUGCAAACAUCACACUUGCACAUACAUAUGAAAAGUCAUGUAUUUGUCAGAACCUGUUGGUGUUCUUUGUUAAAGAGUACGGCAAUAGAAAAUGUGUAUCUGUUAGAAAUCAAGGCUACUUUCACACGACAGCUGAAUGUGAGCUUCCUCUGAUUCGACUUUAUAACCACUUAUUUUAUUUGUAUUGUUACAUUUUUUAUAUCCUUGCCAUCUUCUUUGCUGUAGUCUCAAAUAUUAAGCAGACAUCCUUUAAUUUAGACUAUUUAGAGGCGUUGAUGCUCCAUGUCACAUAUGUUGGUUGUUUGUUUUGUGAUGGGGUGUUUAGAAUGUGUUUUUUAAAACGGGGACAUUUCUGAUGAUGGCUCUAGUUGUAAUCGGAGUUUGUGCGGAGUAAUCGCUUUACUCCGCACAAACUCUCUAGAGUCUAUUGUACUUUUCACUUUAUUAUUUUUGGGUUGUACGUGAAAGUCUUUUGGAUUGUUUUAGAAAUUAAUGAACUCCCAAGAGUCAUCUAGUUGUUAGAUCCUGAAAAUGUAUAGUCACAGGUGUAUCUCUUUAAUUACCUCUUACUCUCUAUUGUCUAACACCCUGACGAAGGCCUGGCGAAGUGUUAAUAGAAAGUAGAUGUUAUUUACACUACUUUACAUUACUUGGUGUAAUGUACAGCAGUGUCAAUGGUGCAGUGCAUGAGAGGACAUACUAUACAUGUACAAAUGUUAUUUGCAUUAAAUAUAUAGAAGACAUUAUAUAUUUGAAUGUAUUUUGAUUGAAAUAGA